AUGACAAAUAAAAGUUUAAUUUCAAAUGUUGUUCCAUCUUCUGAGAAACAUAAAAAAGGAACAAUAUCUACAGAUAGAUCGAAUAAUUCUGAAAAUUUAACUAUAAAUUCAAAGAAACAAGUCUUAUUACAUCCUAUGAAAUCUGCCAAAGGUCAACCUACUCCACUCUUAACAAAACUUUUGAAAGUAGUGACAAAAGUUAGACAACAACAAUGUCAAAAGUAUCCUCAACAACAACAACAAUAA